AUGAAGUCUGAAGUCACACCCGACGUGGGUGUACAAGAGACAGCCUCAGUCCAAGAUGGAACUACCGUCGGGAUCGAGAAAGAGCAGAUCCAGGUCAACGCCGACGGGACUGUUGUCGACCAUGGUCUGCAUCGUUCAUUAAAACAGCGCCACUUGCAGAUGAUCGCAUUGGGAGGUGUCGUCGGGGCAAGUAUCUGGUACGGGACUGGCCUCGCCAUCGUCUCCUCGGGCCCAAUCGGCGCCCUCAUCUCCUUUAUCGUCAUCGGCAUCGAUGUCUUCUUCAUCAUGCAAAGCCUCGGUGAAUUGUCUACGAUGUAUCCCAGCACGGGGGCCUUUACCGAGCUUGCCGGGCGGUUCAUCGACCCUGCAGUGGCUGUCGCCCUAGGUUGGAAUUAUUGGUAUCUGUGGGCCUCCAACAUCGCGUCGGAAUAUAACCUGGUCUCGAUCGUGCUGAGCUACUGGAGCGACGCAGUCCCGUCGUAUGGCUGGGUCUUGAUCGCUUGGGCCUUCUACCAGUGUAUUGCCAUGUUCGGCGUCAUGGUGUACGGAGAAACGGAGUUCUGGCUGGCCAUCUGGAAGAUCCUCUGUAUUCUGGUCACUUAUCUGCUCGCAAUCCUCUGCAACACGGGCGCGAUUGGAAACGACUACAUCGGCUUCCGCUACUGGAAGAACCCUGGACCUAUCGUGAAUGGCAUCAACGGGUUCGGACAGUCCUUUGUGCUGGCGGCCGUAUAUCACGGCGGCACAGAAAUGGUUGCAAUUACGGCGGGCGAGAGUCGAAAUCCAAGCAGAGAUAUUCCCAAGGCAAUUCGACAAACCGUGUUCCGCAUCGUCAUUAUCUAUUGGGGCCUGGUUUUCUUUGCCGGUAUCAGCGUCGCAUCCAAUGACCCUUCGAUCUUUGCCGCGACUAGCAGGGCAGGCAUGUCGCCGUUUAGCAUCGCCCUGCAGAACGCAGGCUGGUCUCACGGGCCAGACUUGAUUAACGCAUUCAUCUUUACGGCCAGCUUCUCCGCCAUCAACUCAUCCAUCUACAUCGCCUCGCGCACGCUAUACUCUCUCGCGGACCAGGGCCGUGCUCCCAGGUUCUUACUCAAGACCUACCGCGGCGUCCCGGUGUAUUGCACGCUCGUGUCCAACCUGGUCGGACUACUGGCUCUUAUCAACUCGGCCAGUGGUGCAGGAAAGGUAUUCACCUACCUCAUCGACCUCGCCGGCGCGGCCAUAUUCAUUGCGUGGCUGUGUAUUGGCGUUACCCACCUCCGCUUCCGCAAGGCCUGGCGGCUACAGGGCUACACAGCGAAAGAUCUGCCGUUCCGUGCCCUGUGGUAUCCUUGGGGCACGUACUUCAUCACGGCGCUGAACCUCUUUCUCCUCCUGAUCCAGGGCUAUGAGAGUCUGAUCCACCCAUGGCAUCCGGUGGACUUUGUCUUCUCCUACAUUGUCAUUGUGCUCUUCCUCAUACUGUUGGUGGGUUGGAAAGUCUUGAAGAAGACAAAGCUGGUCAAUCUGGCGGAAGUCGACCUUCAGUACGGCCGCCGAACCUAUUUGAGCAGUGCGGAAGAUGUAGAGGCUCCAUCAUUUGUCACCAGGGCAUUCCGGUCGGUGAAGAACCGACUAUCCUCUUAG